AUGGGUGGAGAGGACAAGUUCUCCACCACCACCACCCACACCCCUUCCAACUGCAACUUCACUUCCCACGAGGACUUGCAGUUCCCAGAACGCCCUGCCAUGCUCCUACCUGAGAGUCUUUGCACCCGAGAGCCCUUCCUCCAGAUAUUUGCAAGCCUGGCUAACUAUCACCUCUUUCAGAUCUUUGUUCCCUUAACAUUGUCUCAAUGGGCGAGGCAGACCCCUAGAGCUACCCCGAGCUCCCGGCUGCCGCCGGUUCCAGGCACCGCCCCGCCUACGCUAGGCCCCGGCGCGAGGGGCGGGGCCGAGCCCUUCAGCGAGAAAGCGCCUGCCUGCCAGGCGGUGCUAGCUGCGGUCCCUACACGCUGCACGAUGAGCAAGUGGAGCAUCGGGCGAAAGCCCAGCCGCACACUCGGACUCCUGCUGCUGGUGAUCUUGAGUUACCUGGUGCUCCGCAGAUUGAACUGGUAUAAUCUGGUCCCUGCAUGGCUAAGACACCGGAAGUCAGGGCUACAGGCCAAUGGCCAACACUUCAUGCUGGAGGACUCCACCUUCUGGAUCUUUGGGGGCUCUGUGCACUAUUUCCGGGUACCCAAGGAAUACUGGAGGGACCGCUUGCUGAAGAUGAAAGCCUGUGGCCUGAAUACCCUCACCACCUAUGUUCCGUGGAACCUCCACGAACCAGAAAGAGGCAAAUUUGACUUCUCUGGGAACCUGGACCUGGAGGCCUUUGUGCUGAUGGCUGCGGAGAUCGGGUUGUGGGUGAUUCUGCGUCCAGGCCCUUACAUCUGCAGUGAGAUCGACCUCGGGGGCUUGCCCAGUUGGUUACUCCAAGACUCUGGCAUGAGGCUGAGAACAACUUACAAGGGCUUCACCGAAGCAGUGGACCUUUAUUUUGAUCAUCUGAUGUCCAGGGUGGUGCCACUCCAGUACAAGCAUGGAGGCCCCAUCAUUGCUGUACAGGUGGAGAAUGAAUAUGGUUCCUAUAACAGAGACCCUGCCUAUAUGCCUUACAUCAAGAAGGCCUUGGAAGACCGAGGUAUUGUGGAAUUGCUUUUGACUUCAGACAACAAGGACGGCCUGCAAAAGGGAGUCAUGGAUGGAGUCCUGGCCACCAUCAACUUGCAGUCACAGCAUGAGCUGGAAUUAUUAACCAACUUUCUCUUAAGUGUCCAGAGGGUUCAGCCCAAGAUGGUGAUGGAGUACUGGACAGGGUGGUUUGACUCAUGGGGAGGCCCACACAACAUCCUGGAUUCUUCUGAGGUUUUAAAAACAGUGUCUGCCAUCCUCGAUGCUGGGUCCUCCAUCAACCUCUACAUGUUCCAUGGAGGCACGAACUUUGGCUUCAUAAAUGGAGCCAUGCAUUUUCAUGAAUAUAAGUCUGACGUCACCAGCUAUGACUACGAUGCCGUGCUGACAGAAGCGGGGGAUUACACAGCUAAGUACUUCAAGCUUCGAAGUUUCUUUGGCUCCAUCUCAGGUGUUCCCCUCCCACCCCAGCCUGACCUUCUUCCCAAGAUUGCAUAUGAGCCCUUGAGACCAAAUUUGUACCUGUCACUGUGGGAUGCCCUGCAGUACAUGGAGGAGCCAGUCAAUUCUGAAAAGCCAGUCAAUAUGGAGAACCUGCCAAUAAACAAUGGAAAUGGACAGUCCUUUGGGUACACUCUGUACGAGACUACCAUUGCUUCAUCGGGUGUCCUUAGUGGUCUUGUGCGUGACCGGGGACAGGUUUUUGUGAACACAGUGUCUAUAGGAUUCUUGGACUAUGAAAAGAAGAAGAUAGUUAUUCCUUUGAUCCAGGGUUACACCAGGCUGAGGAUCUUGGUGGAGAAUCGUGGGCGAGUCAACUACGGGGAUAAUAUUGAUGACCAGCGCAAAGGUUUAAUUGGAAAUAUCUAUCUGAAUGAUUCUCCCCUGAAAAAAUUCAGAAUCUACAGCCUGGAUAUGAAAAAGAGCUUCUUUCAGAGGUUCAGCAUCGACAAAUGGAGCCCUGUCCCUGCAGUACCUACAUUCCCUGCUUUCUUUUUGGGUGCUUUGUCAGUUUCCCUUUCCCCUUUUGACACCUUCAUGAAGCUGGAGGGCUGGGAGAAAGGGGUUGUAUUCAUCAAUGGCCAAAACCUUGGACGCUACUGGAACAUUGGACCUCAGGAGACCCUCUACCUCCCAGGUGCCUGGUUGGAGCAAGGUAUCAACCAGGUCAUUGUUUUCGAGGAGAAGAUGGCAAGCCCUGUGAUACAGUUCACUGAAACCCCCCACCUAGGCAGGAACCAGUACCUUGAUUGAGCAGCACCGCUUUGCGCCCCCUGGUGGCGGGAAGCAGGAGAGCACCACCGUCCUCUGGGCGGAGGGAGGCCUAGUGCUCUGCUCCCUGACACCCUCCCAUGAGGGAGAGUUUCCUUAAGUAGCAUUCUCAGGCAGAGACGGAGCUGCAGCUCUGCCCCCUACUUCAAUUCAAGACUCUGAACUUGGAAGAACUGAAGAAGAGAAGUGAGAUAGGUGGAAGGGACCCCCUUCUUACCUAAAUGGCUUCUUGACUGGGCUUUGUUGAUGGCACCUUUCCUACUUUCCUGCUCUUCUAGGAGAGGACAGAGGGAUAUCUCUCUGGGGGGUGGGAAUGUCUCUUGAGAUCUCCACGUGAUGAGGUUUGCUCCUAUGAUGUUCUCACUUGCUCUCAGCCACAGCCCUCAUGGCCCCUUUUUAUUUCUGAAAUAGGUUUGUCACCAUUUGUUGAGGAUGGGGAAGAGGGUGGAUGUCUCACCUCUCUCUGGGAUUCUGGAAGAAGCUCCAUUUGAGAGACACACACAUCUUCUCCUUUUCCUUUCCACUUUAACUGUAUCUGAUAGGAUGACAAGCCAAGCUUAGGAGAAACAGAAAUACUCAGUCUGAAUUAGAGAGUAUUUCCAGUUUUACUCGAUGAGAAGGCACAUCAGCUGAGGAGGCAAUGCAGGUCCUAGUAGAAACUACACCUUGAUCUGAGGCUCCAGCUCCAGUGGCUUGGGCAGGGAGCCUCCCCACUAAGUUGGUGUAGCCCCAGGCCCCACAGGCCUAGCCCAGACCUUGCUUCCAAGUCUCUCCCCUUCUCCCAGCUCAGUCUCUUUCCUUCAGUCCUUAUAACUAAGCAGGAGGGAGGAGAGGCAGCCUUCCUUUGCAAUUGUCCAAAUUUGAGGUAGUUGUUCUAGGGGCUCAAGUGCACUGGUUUGGCCCAGGUUCACUGACCUGAAUUGCAAUAAAGCAAAAAUUGAAUCAGACCCUCUUUAGUGAUAUUUCUGAUCCCUCUGUGCCCCUGUUUACCACAGGCAAAGGCAUUGUGGGGUCAGGCACCCAUUUAAUCCAUCUGGCACUGAGACUCUAGACACUGCCUUUACCCAGUUAGGGAAUGAUCUAGCUCCUGGCUCCUUACCACCUCCCUCCUGACUUUCAUUCUGCCUGAAAUGUCAUUGUGGAUCAGAAGUGCCUUUGGAGAGGAGAGGUCAAGUACAGAUUCACGCUGGUGCUGGUGGGUACUUUUAAGAAUCUGCUAGAUAGCCAAGAGCUCGACAUGUGACUUAGCUACAGAGGGUGAGUUUUCCUUACAAAUAACAUCUGGGUUGUGCUGCCACAAACUAAUUAUCGCCAGUAAUAAUCAAGCUUAAAUAGCUAACACCUCCCCAGGACAGUGCCUGUGCCAGGAGUCCAUGAUGACAUGUGGGGAAUAGCAGGCCAUGGGGCUCCCAGCCACUCCAUGGCUUACAUGUUGGGCUUGGCCAAGGAAAGGACUCUGCAGUAGGGCAUCUGUGGUAUGUAGCGACUGGGCCCAAGGGCUGAGCCUGGGCCGAGGACACACAGUUACAAGCGCUGGGCUCAAGGGUCCUACUAUUUGGGGAUGGCCAGCACUGCGAGCAGUGUCAGUGCACUUUACACCUGACCGUGUUUUUACAAAGGUGUAUGUAAAAGUUGGCUUUGUUGGAAGAUGUGAUAGGGAACUAGUAUUUAAAUGGAUCUUACAGUGAAUCCUUUUAUAAAGUGCAGAAUCCCCUUGAAUUGGUUUUAUCCAAAUCUGUGCAGCGACGCAUUUGUCCUCUUGCACCAACUUACUGUUCUUGAUCUUUUUAUCUGCCAUCUAGCUCUGAAGUUUCUCUCUGUCAAAGCCCCUUGUCAGAGCUCAUCCUCCAGUUUUUUCGUGUUUAUCCAGACCUUCCUUACUGGAUGACUUCAUCACAGAAUCUUUAGAAAACUUCUUAUAACCCCCACAUCUCCAGGCCUGCUCUUGGGCCUCUUCUUCCCUCUGUCCACAGUCACUGAGGGUGGCAUCACUAACCAGAGAUGCUCUCCAAUGUUUAUCUCCAUCUGAGCUCCAGACCUACUGGCUGUCCGCUCAACCUUGCUCCUACAUGUGAUGACAAAGUGAUUGCUCCCCUAUGAUCCUUCUUGCCCUCUGCCCCAUAGCAGGAAAUGGCAGUUUUAUUCUGGGUCUCACAUUGUUUUUAGCUUCUCCAUUUCGUACUGCACAACCACUCCACCACUCCAUUCUCCUGGCUGUACCUCAGACACAUCCAGAACCUGACCACUUCUCUAUACCCCAAGGCUUACUCUUCUGACUCACCAUCAUCUCCUGCCUGGAUCAUGGCAGGAGCCACCUCUCCUAGCCUGCUCUGCCCUCUGUUUAUGGUCAGCACAGAAAGGGGAGUGAUUCCUUUACAGGCCAGUUGGUUCUUUUCUCUAAACCCUCCAAGGCUUCAGUUCCAUUUUCACUUGCAGGAGAAGCCAAAAGCUUUGCUCCGGUUCCCGGGGCGAAUGUAUUCUGUACACCCCUCCAACUGCAUCCAUCUUACCUCCCACCCUGACCCUUCCCAUUUUGCCAGUCAGUUGUAGGCACACUGGCCUUGUUGCUGAUCUUUAAACAUGUGAAGUAAGUACUCUCCGGAUGGGAGUGAGUUCCCUUUUCCGGAAUGGUCUGAUCCAGGUAGCUGUGUGUUUGUACUCUGCAGCUCUGCUGGGCCCCUUUAUCAGAGGGGCCUUUCUGACCACCCUAGAGAGGGGAUCAGCUCCUCCUCACCUACACUUGGACACCCCCAUCUAGCUUCAUACUUCUCAUUAGACCAGAUCACAUCUGAAAUACUGUAGAUAUGCCUCGUGUCCAUGCGUCUCGUCUCCCAAGAAGGGAAGCUCCAUGCAGACAAGUGCUCUGUGCUAGCUCCUAGAAUAAUGCCUGCUCAUAGUAGGCACCUGCCAAGUGAAUACUUGUCAGAUAGUUAAAGCAGUAAAUGAGAAUAAAGUAAGGCAGGGUUGCAGAGGAUUAGGGCUGUUAAAAACCAUGUUUGACUUUUAAUUUUGGAAACAAAUUUAAUACAGUUAAAACAGACCAUAUGGUGCAGCUGCACAGGCUCUACCCUCACCCUAGGCUCUGUUCUGGUGGCUUCUAGACCCCAGCCUCACUCCUUUGUGGUGGGGAGCAGGAACACACUGCGUUUGGGAAACAACUUGUAGUCAUGAACCCAAUUCUGAUUGAUAACAAACUCAUUCCCAACAAAGAGGAAAGCUGCAGUCCACCAGGGUUAUAAUUAUAAAUAAAUAUACAUGCAGCUAAGAGAGGCUAUUAGGUGAAAACAACAGAAAUAGCAUCUGCCAAAAAAUAAAAAUAAAAAAAAUAGAAACAGAGAAUAUCCCAUUUUGUUGUUCAUUAUCAAUUUCCUGAAAAAUGAGCCCUGGGUUUUUGGCUAAGAAGGUGGCCUAAGACCAGCCAGGCUGACCUGAGCAUUCAGGGCUGGUUUCAGUGAGUGAGGCA